CAUUGUAAUCCAUAGAAGAAGAGUCUCACACGUGUUUAUAACAUGGCAGCUCUCUUCGCUGUUGUGGUCUGAAGUAAAAAUAAAGAUAGGCAGCGUUUGAAUUAUUAUUUUGUUCCGGUCGUAUCGGAAAAAGUAGGUUAAGGCCACGAUGGCUCAGAGGAAGAAGAAGCUGACGAAGAAGAAGCGUCACAACAGAGACGCAGAGGUUGAUUCUGAUUCUGGAGACUUCGAACUAGCAGCUGAAAUUAAAGACGAUGAUUCGCUGGGAAAGAGACUCCCGCGGUUCCCAGCCACAUCUGACUGCUUAUCAGAUGUGGAGCCCGACACAAGGGAGCUGGUCAGGGCUCAGAAUAAGAAAAAGAAGAAAUCUGGAGGAUUUCAGUCGAUGGGUCUCAGUUACCCGGUGUUCAAGGGUGUGAUGAAGAAGGGCUAUAAAGUCCCCACUCCCAUCCAAAGAAAGACUAUUCCAGUGAUCCUUGAUGGCAAGGACAUGGUUGCCAUGGCGAGGACUGGAAGCGGUAAAACGGCUGCUUUCCUUGUCCCGAUGUUUGAGAAGCUGAAGGCUCCGCAGGCCCAAACGGGAGCCAGAGCUUUGAUCCUGACUCCCACCAGGGAACUGGCCUUGCAGACCAUGAAGUUCACAAAAGAGUUGGGGAAGUUCACUGGUCUGAAGACUGCUUUGAUUCUUGGAGGAGACCGGAUGGACGAUCAGUUUGCUGCUCUGCAUGAAAACCCCGACAUAAUCAUUGGAACGCCGGGUCGUCUCAUGCACGUGAUCCAGGAAAUGAACCUGAAGCUACAGAGCGUGGAGUAUGUGGUGUUUGACGAAGCUGACCGGUUGUUUGAGAUGGGCUUUGCUGAGCAGCUUCAGGAAAUCAUCAGACGACUUCCUGACAGCAGACAGACACUGCUGUUCUCUGCUACUUUGCCCAAACUUCUCGUCGAGUUUGCAAGAGCUGGGCUGACGGAGCCAGUACUGAUCCGACUGGAUGUGGAUUCGAAGCUCAGCGACCUGAUCAAGCUCUCAUUCUUCCACAUCCGAGUGGACGACAAGCCGGCACUGCUGCUCCACCUACUGAGGAACAUUGUGAAGCCUCAAGAGCAGACAGUGGUCUUUGCAGCCACCAAGCAUCACGUGGAGUACCUUAAAGAGCUGCUCACGUCUGAAGGUAUCGAGUGCGCCUACAUCUACAGCGCCCUCGACCAAACGGCCAGAAAGAUCAACAUCGGCAAGUUCGUGCACCGCAAAGCCAUGGUGCUGCUGGUGACUGACGUGGCAGCUCGUGGUAUAGACAUCCCCCUGCUGGACAACGUUAUCAACUACAACUUCCCAUCCAAACCGAAGCUUUUCUUGCAUAGAGUCGGACGUGUUGGUCGAGCGGGACGAAGUGGCACGGCCUACAGCAUGAUCUGCUCGGAUGAAAUGCCUUUUGUUUUUGACCUCCAUCUUUUCCUCGGCAGGCCUGUUCAAAUGGCCACAACUGAGUCUGUCCAAGAUUCUGACGGCGUGUUCGGCCGAGUCCCUCAGAGCAUUCUGGACGAUGAAAGUGCUAACCUCAUCUCAGCUCACGACAACUCGCUCGACUUGAUGAACCUUCGGCGAGUUUCAGAGAACGCCUACAAGCAGUAUCUCAAGUCUCGGCCCAACCCGUCGCAAGAGUCCAUCAGACGAGUCAAAAAUACAGAUGUGUCCUGCAUGGCCGUCCAUCCUCUGCUGGGUUCAGGUUUGGAGAAGAAGGAGCUGGAGCGUCUUCAGCUUGUCGACGCGAUUAAAGGCUACAAAUCCAAAUCAACCAUCUUUGAGAUCAACUCCAACAGCAAGACUCAGGCCAGUGAGGUGAUGCGGGCCAAGCGCUCCAGAGACUCGCAGGUGAUGGACAAGUUCAUCAAACAGAGAGAAGAUCAGGUUGCUGAGAGACGACUGCAUCCGCCGGUCAGCUUCUCCCCCAAUGAGGAGGACUCCGCUCACAUGCCAGAGGACGAUGCUAUGCAGGUGGUCUUCUCUGAGGUCGUCGGUGGGAAGAGAAGAAACCACCAGGACAGCGAGGGAGAGCGACCAAAGAACAAGAAAAGCAGACAAGCCGGGAAAGACGAGGAGUUCUACAUCCCCUACAGACCCAAAGACUUCAACUCUGAGAAAGGGUUGAGUCUGGGUGCAGACGGCAGUGCCUUUGAGCAGCAGGCCUCCUCGGCUGUCCUGGACUUGAUGGGGGACGAAGGCGAGCGCUUGAACCAGCACAAGCAUAUGAUGAAAUGGGACCGAAAGAGGAAACGCUUUGUCCGAGACACAGGGAAGGAGGAUCAGAAGAAGAGGAUAAAAACAGAUGGUGGCCAGAUCAUCCAGAACAAAAAGAACAGGAAAAACUUCUAUGAAGAAUGGAAGAAGAAAUAUAAAGUAGACGAUGCGGACGAGGGCUCAGAUGAAGAAGCAGGAGGUGAGAGAAGAGGAGGAGGACGGAGAGGAGGAAGGCCAGGUGGAGGUCGUGGCAGGGGUCGAGGUGGUCCUCCGGUUCGUGCAACGCCAAAGAGGACGCCUGAUGGACGCAGGAUCAAGUCAGAGCUGAAGACCAGCGAGCAGAUCUUGAAGGCUCGCAGACAAAAUCAGAAGCAGCGUUUCGUGCAGAGCGGUGGCAUCAAGAAACUCCGCUCAAAAAGCAAAAGGUUUCUUGGAGAAAUGAAGAAGUCAGGGUUCGGACGCGGCGCCAAAAAGGGCAAAAUGAGAAAGAAACUGUGAGAGGCGGGAGAUCAGACCUGUGGAGCCCUGACUAACUCACAUGUGUAGAUGGUGCCUGGAAACUCUGGAGUGGCUUCAGUUCUUUCUCUUCAGAAUGAUGAGCUGCAUUUCCUCCUUUGAAGGUGUUAACAAAAUAGUUGUUUUUACUUCAAAUGAUGGCUUUAAUUGCUGGGAAUUACACUUUAAGUAAAAGAUGCCAUGUGAUCUUUGUCAUCCCUCACUGUCUAACUCUUAAGAGAAGAUCCAGGAACCUUGGUGUCUCUAACCAAAACCAACAAUGCCUAUAAUAGGUUAGCAGCCUCUCCCAGCUAGACACUGAGGGUGCCUGGGACUGGUCAACAGUCACACGCAUGUUCGACCAACAACUACCCACACACACACACACACACACACACACACACACACACGUUGGUAUUUAUGUCCUUGUUAGGACAUUGUGAUCAUUGAUGAAAUGCUUUCCCCAUACUCUCACCCUAAACCUAACCACCCAAAACAAAUUAUUACAAGUUAUUUUGAAGUUUCGACUCUGAAACUAACUGGUAUUAAACUGAUAAAGAUAUUUUUUUUAAAUUU